CCCCACAGAGAGAGAGAGAUGAGAGAGCAGAAGACGCCAUUGAAGGAGAGCUCCCGCUCCGCUUCUCUCGAUCGCCGAUCGAGGCCCGCCGACGCCCCGCCGAAGAAACCUGCGCAGAAGAGCGCGAGCGUCGGCGUCGAAGGAACGGCGAAGAAGUCGAUCGAUCUGUCCUCCGUCUCCGAAGUUUCGGACGUCGCUCACGAUGACGAGACCGCCGAGAUCGUCAUGCAAUCAUUCGACCCUUCACUUUCCGUGGGUUCGGUUUCACCUGAUCUCAGCUUCUCUUCAGAGAUCACAGGUGACGAUGGGAGUUUUCUGUUGGAAACCUGUGAUUCCAGUAAGCCAGGCAAUUCCAAGAUUGGUUUUCUUGGUGCCAAAGUUUCGGCAGAUCUUCUCACAGCUGCUCGAGCACAGGUCUUAAAGUCGCUUGAUGUGAACCGUCACUCGGUGAAGCUUUUAGAAGGAGCAAUCAUGACUGGAUUGGACCGGCUUCAUAGUCCACCUGGAAAGAGAACCUACCCCAGCAAACUCGCUGCCUUGAAUAUCCAUCUUUUCGUUUUUAGCCUUCUGCUAUGGAUACUUGCAAUUUCAGUGUUUUUCUUCUUCAGUGCUGAAUCUCAAAGGAUGUAUUUCGGCCCUUUACCAACUUAAGGUGUAAGUUUCAAUGCUUAUUGUUCUAUUAUGGUGAAAACUGUAGGUUUGAUCCCAUUGCUGCUCUUCUGUAAAGAUGAUCCAAACACUUGUUUGAUAUGGAUCUGCAUCAUGGGAACAUCGAUACAGCUUUGAAUUGAACUGAGUAAUCAGUUCGGCAUGCUCUUUGCCAUUGAAUAAAGCCAUCGAUUCUAAGCC